AUGUCUACUAUUAUUGAUGACAAAGUUGUGGCAAGUGCCAAAGGACCUUGUAAAAUUAAACAGGAUCCUAUUAUUGCUUUGACAGAAAAAGUAGAUUCACUGUAUCAUUACCGGGACCAUUAUUUUGAAAAUCAUGUCAUCGAAGAAGCGGUUAAUAAAAACAGUGACAUAGAAAGAGAAAUGAAAGAAACUCUGGCUAAAUUCGACGAGUACAACGGAUACGAAAUCGAGGGUUCCAGAGCAAAGUAUUACUACUUAAAAGGUAAAACCUUCAAUGUAGUUGAUCGUUUUAUUCCUCAAGCCGAGGAACUACUAAGUAAAGCUGUCAAGUUGGAGCCGAAGCUUAUAGACGCUUGGAACGAGCUCGGCGAGUGUUAUUGGAAGAAAGAUGACAUUAAGCAAGCCAAAAAUUGCUUCGUCGGUGCUCUACCUCAUGGAAGAAAUAAAACAUCUCUAAGAAAUUUAUCAAUGGUACUGAGGCAAGAAGCUGUCGAUAAUCACCGGCAGAAAGUUGAUAACAUUAGACAAGGCGUAGAGUAUGCUAAAGAAGCUGUUGCUUUAGAUACUAUGGACGGUCAGUCUUGGACUAUUUUAGGUAAUGCGUACUUAGCCUCGUUUUUUACGAUCGCACAAAAUCCAGCUACUCUGCGUCUCUGCAUGUCGGCGUAUGUCCAAGCAGAAAAAGAUGUGGUAGCAAAAAGUAAACCCUAUUUAUUUUUCAACAAAGCAACGGCGUUAAAGUAUCAGGAAGAAUUUAAGUUAGCGUUGGAAGCGUUUGAACGAGCUUUUUCUCUAGAUCCGACUUGGGAUGUGCCAAGAACUAAAUGGGAAGACUUACUCAAGUACCUUAAAGACGUACAAAAUUUAAUAUCGUCGAAAGGAAGAUUAAAAACUAAAAGACUGCACCAAAUGGUUAUGGCGUUGGAUAAAAAACACAUGGGUCCUUAUAAAAAUGGGUCUUAUACAUCCGGGGAGAAAACAAUAAAAUUAGAGCUUACGCCUCUAGAAAAUUUGAAGGAAGGAUUGAAUAUUGAGAAAGUCGUCUUCGGUAAAGUUGUCUGUUGGAUUCAAAAUACCGACGCAGUACCAUUCACGUUUUGUAUGGUUGAUGAACACACCAGCUGCCUGGCAGUAACCGUGUAUAAUUUAGCCGAAGGUCGCGGCGUCACUGUCGGUGAUUCAAUAGCAAUUCCUGAGCCUUUUUUAACGCAUCACAAAUUCUCAUACUCUCGCAAUGAGUUUGACUUUAAAUCAAUACGUGUUGAAACUCCAGUCGUCCUGGUUGUUAAUGGAAGAAAAUUGGGUCGUGAUCAGCAGGCUAGCGCACAACUUUCCAGUUUCAAGAGAUCUGAUUAA